AAACGGCCAUCCCUACCAUAACAACACCUGGUUGUCAAUCUGAUGCCCGGAAAGUAUUCGGCUUCGAUUUUUUCGCCAUACGCUGAAGGAAAAAAGUUAAUUUCUUCUAUCAAAACUUGUAAGAUAAUAGUUAGUUUAGAUCUCAGUGCAAUCUUUUCAUACAGUAUUGCUUCGUGAAAUAAUUUAGCCUACAAAUUUCACCCUGGUGGAAAUGGAACAGCAAUGUUUGGACAUGUCUCAACCUAUGUUGACCAUACCGAACGAUCCACCAGUCGGUGUUCCUAAUCCCCAUCAAGGAGGCUCGAAAAAAGGAGGCCGCAAUAAGAAAUCAGCCAAAAAUGCGGAAUGUUCUGUACCGAUUGAGGAAGCGCUUAAAACAGAGCUUACCACAAACAACAUGAAAACGCCCAUAUCGGUACUGCAAGAGCUGCUCAGCCGCCGUGGCAUUACGCCGCAGUACGAUCUAAUACAGGUGGAAGGUGCAGUACACGAACCUACCUUCCGAUAUCGUGUAUCGUAUAAAGAUAAAGAUGCAAUGGGUACGGGAAAGUCAAAAAAGGAAGCUAAACAUGCCGCAGCCAAGGCGUUAAUAGAAAAACUGACUGGGUCGACCUUUAACGACUAUCCCGGUGCCACGAACAACAUGAAAACGCCCAUAUCUGUGCUGCAGGAGUUGCUCAGCCGCCGUGGCAUUACACCACAGUACGAUCUAAUACAGGUGGAAGGAACAGUGCACGAACCUGCCUUCCGGUAUCGUGUAUCGUAUCAGGAUAAAGAUGCAAUGGGUACGGGAAAAUCUAAAAAGGAAGCUAAACAAGCGGCAGCGAGAGCUUUAAUAGAAAAGCUGAUGGGAUCGGUAUACUACGAUCAGCAUGAUCGUACGAUCCUGAACGGUCUUAAGCCAGAUGCCACCAGUGUACAAACCAUCACCAACAGUGCAACCAUUAACGAGGAGGAACCAACGGGAAAUCCGAUCGGUUGGUUGCAGGAAAUGUGCAUGGCUAGACGAUGGCCACCGCCAACGUACGAGACAGAAACCGAGAAAGGAUUACCGCACGAGCGACAAUUCACGAUAGCGUGCGUGGUACUGAAGUUCCGGGAGGUGGGUGAAGGUAAAAGCAAAAAGGUCGCCAAACGGCAAGCGGCACAAAAGAUGUGGCAGCGGCUACAGGACCAACCGAUGGAACCGAACCAACUGUUGGAUGAAGACGGCAAUGAGGAGGUAAAUCUGCACCGGUAUGCGGGACUAAAGGAUGUUUGCACGCCAACACUCACGACAAACCAGAGUCAGAAGGUGUCCCAGUACCAUAAGAUGCUUAAGUCACGCACGGGCGAAAAUUUGCAGGAACUGCAGUAUCUUAAUAUAUACGACCCAGAUCAGGAUUGCAUCGAUAUUCUUGCCAUAAUAGCUAAGGAACAACGGUUCGAGGUGACGUACGUGAAUAUCGAUGAGAAGUCGCUCUCUGACGAAUUCCAGUGCUUAGUGCAACUGUCCACGAUGCCGGUUGCUGUAUGCUACGGUAGUGGCCUGACGAUUCAAGAAGCCAAUAUGCGGGCAGCCCAAAAUUCGCUCGAGUAUCUGAAGAUAUUGACCAAAUGCUAAAUGGAACUUUAUUUUAUGAUGAAUUUUUAAUUUGACGGACAUUUAGUUCCGCCUGGCCUUGACAGAAUGGCUACGGUAUGAUUGGGCUGGUUGGGCCGCAACAUACCUCACCACCAGUAUCGUACAUCUCGACGCGAAAGCAUUAUGUUCUCGAGAAUUCUGAGGCAAUUUUGUUUUGUUUUGGUGACACACACACACGCACAAUUUUUUUUGCUUCACCAUAUUUGAUCAAUCAGUUUUAAUCGUGGUUCUAUUUUUCAUACAAUUUUGUUUUAUUCAACACUUUGUUUGUAUCGAUUACUAACAACUGUUUUUGAUUGCUUUAAUGUUUGGAAUUUACUUUUAGACAACGUUUAUAUUUCUUGCCCAUAGCUUUCAUUGGAUGGGUUUUUUUUCAUUUCCUUUGUGCAUUCAAUAUUCAUUUACCGUGAUACGUUAAUUUUAUAUUUUGUAGCCUUUUGGAAACAUAACGUACUAUAAUUUAGUUAAUGAAAUUUAUUCGAGUCGUAAACAUGAUUUGCAAGCAUAUUGAAACCAUUGUGUAUUGGUGAAGAUUUUGCUUCUGCUGCAAGAAAAAUCUAAAUGACUAUCAAACGAAAAAAUUAAAUGAAAUUAAGUGAAAGUGAAGGUCACGCGGAUUAGAUGGAGAUUGAUAACAAACGUCUUGUUAUGUUAUCUUUUGCAAAGAACUUUUUUUUUGCUGACUAAUUAAGCAAUUCAAUCGAAAAGAAAAACGCUCCACAGAAAGCGAUAAAGUGAGCGCGUUACUACUAUAACACGAAACCUUGGAACCGAUUCUAUUACGGGUUGAAUUCAAAAAUGAAAAAGCAAAAUUGUGUGUUAUGCUCCGACUCACACAUUCAACACACCGUACAAGCUAUACUUUGCAUGGAACUAGUGGAAUUUUGUUAUCCAAUCCAGACAUGUAAGCAAAUGAAAGGGCGAAACACUAACAAUAUGCAUCAUUAGACGACAACCUUUAGCCGGGUAGAUCAUACAGGUUUGUUGGUGUGCAGAAUUGAUAUUGACCGGAAGGGAAAUUAAACAGUGUUUUGGUGUGCCUAGCAAAACGGGUGUCGCGUCAAAAGAGUGAUAAACGGGUGUAACGAUCGAGUAGGAUCUCAUUCUCUUCCUCUCCGGAUACUAACAGCUAUGAACGUGAAGUUCCGUUUUUAGUCACAGUCAGACGUGCGCGCAGAAGUGAUCAUGACUGUUUUCCAGUUGGUUUUUGUGUACCUUUCGUAGGUGUAAAAAAUAAGCGUUUAACGGCAUUCGCGGGUCGAUCAUGGUUACUUCUAUGCAGGUCUAAAACGAUGAACUCACAUUAAUAUUUAAAUACCACACUUGGAACUAUGGUUUUACGGUUUAUCUACUUCUUUCUUCUUAUGUUUUUUUUCUGUACAUUGAGUCUGUAUUAUGUAAAAUAUUGAACCGUUUCGUAUCAUACAAGCAAUUAAAUUGAGUUUAAAACGGUAUAUUAUGGUAACAAGAAAGUUUUUUUUCUUAAAACAAGUUUAUGGAUUGAAAUAUCGUUUCCAUUCUAUAUUCCUCAACAUUUUAAAUUAUUUCUACCGAUCUGUAUAUUUCCAUAGAUUUACUUGUUCUCCAACAACAGUACUUAAUAAUAUAUUUACCAGCUCUAAUUUAAACACACAUUAAUCUUAACUUUUCGUUUGUUGCAUGCUUUACGCAGCUUGAUAAAUAAAACAAAAAUUGAUAAAACGCAACAACCGUGUGCAUUCAGGCAGAGCUUGAAUAAUGCUACUACUAUUUAUCUGCUACUAUACCUAGAGCUACAGAUAUCAUCUACAUCACCGCUAAUUUUAAUUACGUUUCAUGAAUCAACAGAAACAAUAAAGCAAAUUUAAAAAGGUAUUUUCAAUAAAUGUGUGUAAUACCACCAAUCAGACCAGUCAGACGUGCCCUAUGCUUGUAGGCAAAUGGGCAUUAAUUUAAUGCAAAGUAUAGAGAUUGUAGCGUUGAUUGGACAAAAUAAACACAUAACUAUUGAAAUUA